GAGAACGCGAGUACGGACUCGCGUUCUCGUGAAUUGAGAAACGGCCAAUGUCUAUGGUGCUACCGGUACGGACAUAUGGAUCGGGUAGUAUCGGGUAGCAGUGACAGGGUUUAUGUGCCUCCGAACCGAUUCAGCAGCAGCAGUAAUGGAAAGCACGUUCAGUCGGUGGAAGACACAAUAUCUGAACAGGCUGGACCCAAGUAAGAAAGGCAGCGUGGAUGAAGACAUUGAGCAUGUGGUGUCACUGCUCAACAGCCGCGAGCAGUUCUUCACGACGAGCUCAUGUUCCGGCAGGAUCAUUCUCAUCGAUGGGGUCAGACAGGUGGCAGCUGGCAGAGACAUCCGGAAACAGAACUGUGUCUGGCUGUAUGUCUCACACCAGAAAUGCACCUCUGAUGACCUGAUGACAGGUCUGACCAAAUCCACUGGAGAUGUUGUGUUGAAGUUUGAGCCCUUUGUUCUCCAUGUUCAGUGCCGGAGGCUUGAGGAUGCACAGCUGGUGCACUCAGCAGCUAUCAACUCUGGCUUCAGGAACUCUGGGCUCUCUGUUGGCAAGACAGGAAAGAUCAUUUCGGCGAUUCGCAGCACCCAUGGCCUGGAGGUUCCUUUGAGCCAUGGUGGAAAGUGUCUAGUUGAUGAAGAUUACAUCCAGUUCUUAACAAAAAUUGCCAAUGAGAAGAUGGAGGAGAACCUCAAUCGAAUACAGAGGUUCUUCCAGAAUCUUCAGUCAGCUUUGUCAGCAGAAACACUCCACAUCCCAGAUAGUCCCAGCAUACAGGAGCUUCAAGAUUCCCAACACACGCAAGAUAGGAAGGAGGGGAGGACAGGGAACACACAAAAAAAGAAGCAACUAAAUGUGUAUGAAUAGAGGCACAGGAAACAACAGCAUGAGGCUGACAGUUGUCACGGUGACAGGGACAGCAGCCUUCAAGAGCUGGAUGACUAUCUAAAUCUCUUUAUAUAAACAGCUGACUGUUUAUGUAAAUUUGGAAACUGAUUAACCUUUCAUCUUUACAAUAAGAUCACCAUAGCAACUAAUUCCACUUUGGUUGUCAUAUGUAAAGGGGAGCUAAUAUCUAGAGAUGCCUGCAGAUCUGUUGAUGCUACUAAUAAGACAAUUUAUUCUGUAUUUUUGUUGUGCUUUGUCUAUAAAUUUGCUUCACAUGGAAAUCA